ACACCAAUCCAUCUAUGAAUAAUGUUUACAAGUUCCACGCUUGCCUCAUCAAAACCGGCCUCCGAAACGAGCCCGUCUCCCUCCGCCGUCUCCUGCUUUCUUUCGCCGCCGCCGCCCCGGCAUCCUUACCCUAUGCGCGCUCUGUUUUCGCUCGCAUUCCGUCCCCGGAUACCUUCGCUUACAACACCAUCAUCAGGGCCCACGCCCACUCCUCGCCUUCUCACGCCGUUUCACUCUUUUCCACCAUGCGCCGUGACGGCGUAUCCCCGGAUCACUUCACUUUCCCCUUCGUCCUCAAAGCAUGCGCCCGACUCCACGUAGGUCACGAUGCUCACGGGCUCAUUAUCAAACUGGGUUUGGAUUCCGAUAUUUAUGUACAAAACGCUUUGAUUAGUUUCUACGGCUCGAUUGGGUCAGUGGCUACUGCACUCCACGUGUUCGAUGAAAUGCCAGAGAGAGACUUGGUUUCUUGGUCUAGCAUGAUCUCUUGUUUCGCAAAUAAUAACCUUGGGUAUGAAGCUUUGGGUUUGUUUCAAGAAAUGCAGUUGGCGGGAAAUCUUAAGCCCGAUGAAGUUACCAUGCUUAGUGUAAUAUCGGCGGUUUCAAGCUUAGGAGCUUUGGAAUUGGGCAAAUGGGUUGAUGCUUAUAUUUCAAGAACCCAGUUGAAUCGCACCGUGUCAUUGGGUACUGCGAUGAUUGAUAUGUAUUCCAGAUGCGGCUCUGUUGAUGAUUCCAUAAAGAUUUUCAAUGGCAUGGCCGUGAAAAAUAUCUUGACUUGGACGGUGCUGAUCAACGGGCUGGCCGUUCACGGGCACGGCGAAGAGGCGUUGGAAGUGUUUCGGGAGAUGAAAGAAGCUGGUUUGAAGCCUGAUCAUCUUACUUUCAACAGUGUUUUAGUGGCCUGUAGUCAUGGCGGACUCGUGGAGGAAGGAUGGGGCGUUUUCGAGAGUAUAAAGACUGAUUGCGGGAUGGAACCGACAGUUGAACAUUACGGUUGUAUGGUUGAUUUACUCGGUCGUGCAGGGUUGCUCGACAAAGCUUUUGAAUUCGUCGAUACGAUGCCUACUAGGCCAAAUGCAGUCAUUUGGAGGACUUUGCUCGGAGCUUGUGUGAAACACGAUGAGCUUAAGUUGGCCGAGAAAGCAAGGGCGAAGAUCUACGAAUUCCAUCCUAAUCACGAUGGUGAUUACGUGCUCUUAUCGAAUGCAUACGGUCGAGUUGGUAGAUGGGAUGAGAAAGCAAAUGUGAGAAACUCAAUGAGGGAGAAGAAACUUGGGAAGGAACCUGGCUAUAGCUUGCUCAGUGCAGGGGACAUGGUUUAUGAGUUUGUUUCCGGAGACGAUUCGCAUCCUAAAUCCAACGAAAUCAAACGAUUCUUGAUUUCGAUAAUCGAUGAUCUUCUAGCCGAAGGCUACACUCCCCAUACCAGCAACGUGUUGCAUGACAUCGAAGACGAGGAGAAGGAGCAGAGCCUCAGCUACCAUAGUGAGAAAUUGGCCGUUGCAUUCGCGCUUCUUAGAUUCAAGGAUAGGAAGAUCAUAAGGGUCAUAAAGAAUCUUCGAAUUUGUUAUGAUUGUCAUUGUUUCAUGAAAAAUGUUUCCGAUAAGUUCGACCGGGAAAUCGUUGUCCGAGACCGGAAUCGGUUCCAUCGUUUUAGUAAGGGAUCUUGUUCUUGCAAGGAUUACUGGUAA